UCAGGGUACAACAAAAAGAAUGGAUAAGUAUACUCAAUAGAUUUAUUUCGAUAAAUUUGAAUUCGAAGUUAUCUCUGAGAAAAGUACAAAAUGCGUUCUAUAAGGAAAUGGAGUGGUUCUAGACACAAUCGGCAAUCGUUGCAAUCAGAAGCUACAACAUGCAUAAUCAGUGAAUGUGAGUACGAUGAGGAACAACGAGGCGACCGAAUUUUUAAUCCGAAUCAUGAGAAAUACCUGUGUUGUUGUGGUCAUGCACAUUCUUUGACCGGAAUGAAAAUUGUAGCAGGAAUGUUGUGUGUUACCGUAGUUUUCGAACUUUGGCAUCUCAUUGUAUCCAUCUUAGCAUCGGAAUUGGUCGAAAGAGCGGAUGUAACUGGAGCAGCUAUUCGAUUUUUCGCUGGUGUCUUCAUUGCAGGUACAGUACUCUGGGCGAUUUUCGCGCAAAGAGCAGAAUUUCUUGUGCCGUAUCUUCUGUUACAGGGUGCUGGGCUUGCCAUCGGCCUUAUCUUUUUCGUUUCAUUCAUGUAUAUCGGUCUUUUUGGAGACAAAAAAGUUGGCACAACAGUCCUUGGAUCAUACGGUAUUCCAGUAAAUCCACGUGAUGAGACAGCGUAUUUCAAUUAUGCUGCCUGGUUGAUGGCUGGAUCAUUCGCGAUUGUCAUAGUCCUUCAAAUUUGGAUGAUGAUGAUUGUUGUCGCGUGUUGGAGAUUUUUCAGAGACAAACGUAAUAACGAGAAGAUUUAUAAGGAAGUGGUGACGGUGAAGAAGAUUCAAUUGCUAACCCGAAUGAGAAUAUCCCUUUCCGCGGAAGCUCUUGGUUCCGAAUCAUCACAUACAAAAAACUGGGUCAAGAACCGCUCUUUUUCUGCGUCUCUCGAUGUUUAACGCGUUUUCCUUAUUUUAUUUAUCUUCAAAUUCUCCAUGUACACAUCCAUGCACACUUGUUGAAUAAAAAAUUGGAAAAAUCGU